AUGGCGGGGACAUGUGGGGAUGCUAAGGCAGGGCAAGGAGGACAAGGAGGGCCUCAGCCCGGCCGGGGGCCGCUCGGGGGCCGGAGGAGACAGGCGCUGCCGGCGCCGCCCCAGGGGCCGUCCUGUCCCGUCCCGUCCGUGGCAGCCCUCCCCGCGCCGUCCCGUGCCGUCCCGUCCGUCGGCCCCGCUCCGCUUCGCGUUUCCCCGCGGCCCCGCCGCGCCGCGGCCGCUAUAAAGCCGGGCGGCAGCGGCGGCGGCGGCAGCGGCGGCGGCAGAGGAGCAGAGCGGAGCGGCCCCGCCGCUGCCCAGGCCCCGGAGAUGAGCUCCCUGCUGGCUAUGAAGGACCACAAGGUUGUGACCAUCCUGCAUUACCCCGGCGUGGGCAUGAACGGCAGCAAGGCCAGCGGCGGGCCGCGCUUGGCUGGCGUGGCGGCGGUGCCAGCCUCGGCCGCCCCGGCACCUGUGAAGGCGUCCUCCUUCACCCUGCAGACGGGCCCCCAUCUCCUGGCCAGCAUGCACCUCCAGAAACUCAACAGCCAGUACCACACCAUGGCGGGGCCAGGGCCCCCAGCUGAGCCCAGCUCGCGGCCCGCCUGGGGCUUCGGGGCUCAGCCCCUGGGUCCGGGGGCUCUGGCACCCUCAGCUGGCACCCACGGCCCUGGCAUCAUUGACUCAGACCCUGUGGACGAGGAAGUUCUUAUGUCUUUGGUGGUGGAGCUGGGCCUCGACAGGGCCAACGAGCUGCCAGAGCUGUGGCUCGGGCAGAAUGAGUUUGACUUCACUGCGGACUUCCCAGCUGGCUACUGAGGUCGGGAGGCGCCUGGACUGGGAACGCCAGGGCUGGUUGCCAUGGGAGUGCUCAGCUUGCUGGCCGCCCAACCCCUGCAGUGGCCGGGUCCCUGCAGGCAGCUUUGUGCUGCUGAGAUGUACUGGGUGUGCUAAUGUGCCCAGCUGCUGGGGCUGCCCUGCCUGCGGGCAGGGACAAGGGAUGGGGCCAGAGGCAGGAAGGGAGCCCUGUGCAUGCACAGAGUCAGACUGGUGCAAGAGGAGCUUGGGAAGGGGCUGCCCUCAGGGCUGGAUGAUGGUUUGAGCAGUGGAGGGGCUGGUUUGCUGUGGCCAGACUGGUGGAGGUCUCAAGCAGCUGUUUAAUAAAAUCCUAAAGGACUUGU